AGUUUGUGUUGGAACUUCGUCACUCUGUGCUCAACCGCCUUGUAGUUAAUAACUUGAAAGUAAAAAUCUCAAAUCGAAAUACUCAUCUGCAAAAAUGGCUGCCCGUCAAGUUGUAAACGUUGCAAAGGCUGGUGUUCUUCAGAAAUUGGCCAUCGCUGAAUUGGUCGUUGGUGGCAAAGUGGCGUGUGAGGGCUUUGGAGCUGCAUCAAACGGUGGUGCAUCUGGUUACAGCGGUCAAGGUGGAUCCGGCGGUCAAUCUGGUUACGGCGGUCCAUCUGGUUACGGCAGUCCAUCUGGUUACGGCGGUCCAUCUGGCUAUGGCGGUUCGUCUGGCUAUAGUGGUUCACCUAGCAGAGCUAGCAGUCCACAAGGAUAUGGACAACAAGGAUUUGGAGCUGGCAAUGGAGCUGGAAAUGCUUUCGGAUCUGGCUAUGGAAGUUUCUAAAUUUUCUACAUUGAAAUUAGAAACAUCUUUUCGAAAUAAAUAACUUCAGUCGAAACUUUA